AUGCUUUUUGUUGUCUUUCUUUGCUUGAAACGUCUUACCAAAAUCCCGCCAUACUACAACUGGCUAUUUGCCAAGCGCCAGAUACUGCCGCAGUGUUGCACAAUAGCAAGUUUGGGGCAGAAAGCUGGGAUCACGACUUUAUGCAUUGCGGGUGCUACAUUGAGUGAUGUUCUCUGUAUUACAGGCUUCAGUAUUACGUUGGGAAUGAUUUUUGGGUCAGAACGAUCAAAUCUUUCAAUUUUACUUCAUGUCCCUGUAGAAAUGGGUCUUGGAAUGCUGUUUGGGCUCCUUGGAGGAUUGGCUAUUAACUAUAUGACAAAGCCCAGCUUAAAGUCAAAUUCCGUCAUCGAAACGUUGCUCGGAGUCCUAUUGCUUCUCCUUGGAUCGUUGGCUAGCCUGCUAGGCAGUGACAAAGCCGAUUCCCAUGUGUUAGGCCCUAUAGCCGUGCUAUCCCUCGGCUUCUUCACCGGCUAUUUCACUAAAAAACACCGCCCCGAGCUCUAUUCAUCCAUGAAAUUUCACCUCGACUUGCUGUGGAAAUUCAUUUUCAUGCCGUUGCUCUUCGGGUUAAUUGGAUUUAGAUUGGAUCCUGGGAUGUUGUUUGGAGGGUCGAGUGUCGAGUUGAUGAGGAUGUGUCUGAUCCUCUUGGUCGCAAUGUUAUGCCGUGUUGGGACUACAUAUCUUUCCGUCUGCGGGCCUUUCAAUGUCAAGGAAAAGAUAUUUUUGGCUUUUGCGUGGUUGCCCAAGGCAACAAUUCAGGCCGCCUUGGCUACGACAUUUUUGGAUAUGGCAGUUCUGAAGAAAAGGGGAGAAUUGGUGGAAACUGGAGAGGGUAUUUUGCUUGCUGCCGUGCUUAGCAUUUUCCUCUCGGCCCCGGUGGGCCAAUUCUUCAUCCAGCGCUUUGCCGGAAAGCUGUUGCAGCGAGACCAGGAAGUUAUUGUUCAAGAACAAACGGAAUUAUUAGAGAGUGGUGGCAAGGUUGAA